AUGUUCAGUAAAAAAAGUCCAAUUAAGUCUGGACACGAGCCGGGCUCCUCCUCACCGAGAGCUAAGGACGGGCUGCCCGAAGUGGCCGUCGCCGCUAUCGCCUCCUACAAAAAGCAAAAGGAAGUUAGUGACUUUAUGAGCUUUUUUCUCGAGGCCCUCGAACGUAAUUCCGAUUGGCUUAACGGGGUCGUUGUCAAGCAGUCUAACUUCAGAUGCGCGCUGAUGGUCGGAGCCGGGCCGAAUCGAUUCCAACUGCAGGAAAUAAUUUACCCGGCUGAAAAGGAGAUCAAACUGCAAGUCGAGCAGAGAGAUUCGGAAGAUUACGAUAAGAUAGCUAUCGCUGCGCUGUUCAAACUUCCAAAUGCUGAGAUUGAUCAUCUUUUGAAGUUUAUUAAAACUCGUCUAUAUGAUAAUCUGCUUUUAAAAGAAGAUUUACUUAAAGGAAAAGCUAUGGGUAUAAGUUUCGCGGUGUUGAGGCCUUUCUCUGAGAAGCAAUAUAGGGUUAUGGAGAGAAUAGUUAUAGGAAGUUCUAUGAAAUGCGUGGUGCCCGUAAAGAAACGUAGACGAGAUGAAAAAUCGCUCGCAAGAUCCCCCAUAAAGAGGGCUAAACGCGUUUUUUAG